UUGAGAUGUUUAUAGUCUCUAGGCAUCUUAUAGGCAUAAUAUCGACUGAUAUCGAUCUUGCAAAGGUACAACAACAACCGGCAACACUGGUGGUUGGAGAGUGAACUGACAACUGACAUGUGUCGUCUUGAAAGAAAUGACAGUGGCAGGUAGUUGACGUUUGAUUUCCGAUUAUUUCUCUUUUCUCACAUUUCACAUUUCCUCCUCUUUCAUUUCGAAGAAUUCGAAGCGCGUGCUUGUUCUCUUCAGAGCUAAGGCCAAACGGCGACUUGCACAAAAAUUAAAAAACUAUGACUUCCUCUGCUGAACUCGCCUGUGUUUAUUCGGCUUUGAUUUUGGCCGACGAUGACAUCGCCGUAACUGGUGAAAAAAUCCAGACCAUCCUCAAGGCCGCCAACGUGGACGUGGAGCCCUACUGGCCGGGCCUGUUCGCCAAGGCGCUGGAAGGCGUGAACAUCCGGGAGCUCAUCACCAACAUCGGGUCCGGCGUGGGCGCCGCCCCGGCCGCCGCGGGCGCUGCUGCCGCCCCCGCUGCCGCCGCCGCAGCCGCCCCCGUCGCGGAGAAGAAGAAGGAGGAGGAGCCCGAGGAGUCUGACGACGACAUGGGGCUUGGGCUCUUCGAUUAAGAUUUGUUUUUUUUUAAGGAUGACUUAAGAAUAAACCUUGUUUUAU